AUGACAUCCGAGGAACCACCUACGGCAUCACACCACCCGGCCCAGGCCCUCCUCGCACGGGCCCACUCCCCCUCGGCCGCGGCCCGCAUCUUCACGGACAAGAUCCAGCACAAGCCGCUGCUGCUGCAGCCGACGGCCGCCUCGGACCAACGCGCACACCGCCGGCACGUUCGCCUGCGCCAGAAAGCGUACCACCUGCGCAAGCGCAAACCGCGGCCGCUCAGCGCGGCGGAGCGGCGGGAGCUGGGGAUCUAUGACCUGAAGAAGGAGGAGGUGCGGUAUGAGACGUACAGAGGGUUGCAUGCGCUGUGGAACGGGUAUAUGUUGGAGGUGCUGGGGGUGACGAGGGAGGGGAGGCCGGUGGACGGGUGGGAGAGGAGGGAGGUGACGCCGCAGGGCCAGGGGCCGUUGCUGGCGAGUGCGGACUUUCAUGGCGCCGAGGUCGAGGUGGUGAGGUGUGUGGAUGGGGGCAAGGUGGGCAUGAAGGGGGUGGUGGUGAGGGAUACCAAGUUUACGUUUGUGAUUGUGCUGGAGGGAGAUCGGGUGAGGACGAUGAUGAAGAAGGGCGCGGUGUUUGCGUAUCACAUCACGUUGCCGGAUGGGCGAAAGGUAAAGUUGGAGGUCAAUGGGGAUGCGUUCGAGUAUAGGCCCGUGGAGCGGGCGGGGAGGAAGUUCAAGUGGAAGAACUUCGACGUCUGA